AGACAUUGAUCACAAACAUUUUUUCCUCCGGGAUGGGCGACACGGCCUCUCACAUGAGUGACUUUUCAUCCGACGGAAGUUUGUCCCCUUCAUCCCACUUUUACUCACGGAGCUACACCCCAGUACAGAGCCUACCGUACACGACUGAAGUCAAUAUCAAUUUCAAUCAUUUGAGCAGCUCCACGCAGACUAGAGAUAGCAUAGCACGGAGGCCGCCGCAGAGAUCAAAUUCCAUGCCAGUCACUCGAGGAGAGAGUCGGAGACCCCGUGUGCAGAGCAGACACAACAAAGACGGGGGCUCUGUGAUGAAUGUUCCAUCACCAAAGGGCAGCCCUGCCAGUGAUAGGACUCUUGGUGAUCAGAAGAGAGGUGAAAACUCUCGCAAGUCGGCAACAAGGGAACGAAAACGAGGAUCUGGUAAUGGUAGUGGACCACGCCGUACGUGUAGGUUAAUGAGUGCUAAUGCUGCCUUGGACAUGGGUAGUGCACAUUCUGAUAGUCAUGGGGUGGGGGAUAGCAGUAGUAAUACCAGUUCUGUCAUGGCACCUGCUUGUGCGGAUGUAUAUCUUCUUUCGGAUACUCAGCCAGAGAUUGAGCCAUGUUCUCUACCAGAUGUGAUUGACCCAGCAGACCUUGGCACUGUGGAGAUGGACCCUGGAGUAUCAGAUGAUGAACUCAUGGCUAGACUGAGGCAGCGAGAUGUCAAGAAGGUCCUGGAAGCUCUAGGGGUACCCGAUGACUCUAUAGCGGAUGAUUAUAAGGAUCUGUCUUCUGGUAGCGAUUCUCUCUUUACGGAUGCAGAGCUCAGUCAAUUGGAUAAUGACCAUGAUCUGAAGUCUUUGGAAGAAGAGCUGGGCGGUGAUCUUGACAACGAUGUCUGUCGUCCAGAUGGCCAUCGAUCUCCUACACCCAACCGCAUGGUGAAUGGUAUUGGCCAGUGCGAGUAUGGGGAUUCCUCAGAACUGUCAAAGGAUUCUGUAAGGUCACCUAGUCAUAGCUCCAGUGACUCUGCUCUAGGUGUAGCCUUUGACAAUGCUGCCAGCUCGCCACCACAAGAUCGAGACUCCCCAAUGGCACAGGUAUCCUUCCAAACUCCAGCCCAAGGUCAGGGUCAUCAGACCAACUCUCCUUACGGGGCCGUCCGAGAGUUGGACGAGAAAGAACGCUGGUCCGAGAGGGCCACCAUAGUCACCAAGCAGGAUCAUGAGGAUUACAUGAUCAUCGCUGCUGAGAUCAUCAACGAUAUCAUCCUCAAUCUACCUGUUGGCGAAGUCUCCACAGUUUCUGAUCCAGAAACCCCUAUUGUUCCAUCUCCUGAGGUCAACCAGCUGGUCCAGGACUCUGCUCCCAGUACCAAAGACCAAUCACCUCCUAGAGAGAGUAACGCAGAAGUACCCCCUACAGAGGGUGGGGUCACCAUGGAGGAUGAUGUUAGCACCCCUGCCCCUCCAGAGCCGGCUAGUAAGAACAUCUAUCAGCUGAGCGAGGAGGACAUUGCUAACAUGAACCCAUUCCAGAGUACCAACAAGAUGCAGAAUUCUCCACCCAUUACGAAGAAACCAAUGGCUGACAACCAAUAUUCUGCUGACUUUGAUAACAUCAAGGAUCCCUUCGGUACAUCGAGUAAAGUGGCCAAUACACCGGAGACUGUCACCAGGUCACCUAAGAAGAAGUCUCCCAAGACCAAAUCCCCCACCAGGGAACCUGAAGCGGAUCCCAUGCCUCCCGCCACCAACGACGUCGGUGACGAUGCUGAGAAAGAUGGUCAUAGUCCUCCGUCCCCCAAGGACAUCCUGUUGCAAUCCCCUCAGAUGAACGGCGCGGCUGAUCUUGAUGAGGAGGAUGACUCGAGGCACGAGUACAACGGUGUCCAGCUGCUGUCAACGGGUGAUGGUGACAGCGGGGUUGCUAGUGCAGAGGAGAGGCAACCUGAUGAAGUUAUGCCUUCAUUUGAUGCUCAAGGUGGAAUCCCUGAUGUGAUUGGUGAUGAUGAAUUCAGACCAGCUGAUGAAGCCUCUGAAGAAGGAGGAGGAGGGGGCGGUCAUGGUGGACUCACUCGAGACAUGAGCUUUGAAGAGAUGGAGUUCAGGUUAGCUGAGGAAGCUGUCAAUCAUGGAUAUGGCAGAUUCUUAGAUAUUCCAAAUCCUCGCAUGCGAGCAGCCAUUGCACGUAAAGUGUUUGCUAAUAGUGAUGCUAUGCAAUUCGAUGUGGACUAUUUGGCACAAGCAGGCAGCUCAGAUAAUUUCAAGGAUUCAGCGUUGGCCAGACAGUCUCUUUACGUAAAGUUUGAUCCGUUGGUUAAAGGGUGCCCUACACCACAAGGCCCUUCAGCCCUGCCUGUGUUAGAACCUGAAGGCGGAGACCUCUUACAGAUGAAGACCCCCUCACCAGGCCAAGUACUUGAUGGGAGGGCCAAGAGGAGAGCAGCUGCUAACCAGAGGGCUAGUACUAGCCCUGACAAUACGGCAGCUAGCAAGAAUGUUGACAGCUUACUGGCAUUCUCUCCAAAUAAUGAUCUAGAUGCAGAGGAUGCAGUUGAUAGUGCUAACUCCAGCACAGAUAUUCCCCCCUCGGUACCUCAGGCAGUCACAAGCAGUGAUGAAGGCAUUGUACAGCUCUUGCGAUAUUCUCAGUCUGAUAUGGAUGCUGCAGUAUUACAAGCAGCUAGGUCAGCAACAGUUGAAGCACAGAGGGUGGCUGAAGAGAAAUACAAGGAGUAUGAAAAGAAGUCCCAAGCAAGUAAUGAGAAAAUCAAAGAAAUCACCAAAGCUAAGGAGACAUUGGAAAAAUCCAGUGCAGAUAUGAGGGCAUUGAUCAUUGAAUAUGAGAAAUCUAUUCAACAACUAAUGGCGGAUGUGUCACAGGCCAAGUCAUCAUCAGAUGACACAGCAUCACAGUUACAGAAAGAAAAGGACCAAGCCCUCGAGGACCUUGCUUCAGUUGAGAGUGCCUUCAGUGAUCUACACAGGAGAUAUGAAAAGUUAAAACAAACGCUUGACGGCUAUAGAAAGAACGAAGAGACAUUAAAGAAACAUGUGACAGAAUACCAAGCGAAGGUCAAGAAACAAGAGCAGAGAUACCAGACGCUGAAGUCACAUGCAGAAGAGAAGAUUGAAAAAGCCAAUGAACAAAUCGCCAAAGUCACGAAGAGUUACCAAUCUGAGAUUGCUGGUCUCCAGGCAAGCUUGAAGAGAGAACAGAUGAAUGUAGAGGGACUGGAAAAAAAUAUUCAACAAAAGACCAAACAAGUUGGAGAACUGACGAAUAUCUGUGAUGAACUCAUCUCGAAAAUGGGAAGCAGUAGUCAAUGAGAAUAAUUUGAGUGCGAGGGCAGAUUCCUGGGGACGGUUUCAUGAAAGCUAUCAGCACUGACAAGCUUAUCAGCCAAUGAAAUGCAAGGAAAGAUGUCAUAUCUGACAACUUGUCAGAUGACAACUGUUGAUGAUAUAACUCUGUCCUGAUCCAGCUGGAACAAAAGCUACCAUCGAUCUGUCUUGAACACUAAUCUUGUGCAACAUAUAGUACUUGUGUAUCAUAUGGAGAUCACAUCCUCACACAGAAACAGACUGUCGGAAGCUCAUGAGGAGUAUACACAUUUGUUUUAUACAUCGACUGGUUGUAUAAUAAAUAUAUAUAUAUUAUUGUGUGAAUUAUGGAACCAUGUGGAGGACUUAGUGAAUACCUGGAUAUGCUGUGAUGCCAUGGUCUUGGAAUUAUCUGAAAACGGUAUACAAUAGAAGAUCAACUUUGCGAGUUGCGGGUACUAUAGAUUUAUGCCCAGCGUGGCAUUCAUUUUCGUGUAUGAAUAUGCACUAUAAUUCUGAUCAUAUGUACUCUUUUUACAAUGGAAAUAAAUUAUGAGACAAACAAUUGCCAGACCUUGCACUACUUCAUGAUAGUAUUUGUAGUGUGACAGUCUUCAUGUCACCGAAUGUAAGCCACAUUUAUUGAGGUUAGUGAUAAUGAAGAAAUAUUAAAAUCUACAUUAUUGCUAUUUUUGUUGUUUUGGGAUAUAUUUUAUUCCUUAGGGCUGUUUUCAAUAGUAGGUGAGAAUGGGGGUACACUUACUUUUGAUUUGGAGAUUGUGCUGUCAUAUUCAUUUUGAUGAAAUGGGAGGCUGUUGCACUUAUCGUCCACUUGUUGCACCCCAGGGGCCUUUUGCAUAAAACUUUUGCCACAAAAAUCU